AUGAGCAGUACAAACAUUCUAUCAAUUUCAAAAGAACUCAAACACGGGUCACACAGAACUUCAGGACUUCUAACAACUCUUGGGACAAUUUGCUAUUCAAUAAGUAUCCCAAGCCAAAAGAUUGAGAAAACAGUUCUUGACUCAAUCCAGCAAUAUUGUUCUCUAAAGUACGGUGAACAAAUUUGCAGACUUGCUUUAAACUGCAUAGCAAACUUGCUUAUGAAAUCUGAAUAUUGUGCAGUCCCUAUGAAGCCAAUUCUUGUACAGUUUCUUUUAAACCUAAGCAUAGCCAAAAAGAUUAAUUCGAUUCAUGAGCUGAAGCUUUAUUAUAAUGUCAUGAGAGGUCUCCAAUACGCAUUGCCUCAUUUGCCACCUGAAGAGCCAAAUAAAGUACUUUCUAUGUACUUAGCGCUAGAAAAAGUAGUGUUUUUAGGCGCAGCUAAUAAUCCUAAUUGGAAUUAUCAGAACGAUUUAUCGUCUCCUGCAUCAUCUGAUUGCUCAAGUGAUGACAAUUAUAAUUCUGAAGAAUUUUACUACAGUAAAAUCAAAACUUGUGCUCUUCUGUGCCUUCAGAACUUGUUCAAGAAGCAUUCACAAUUUCUGUUCUCCUUCUGGUCUUGGCUUAUCCCAACUUCUCAUAGACCUGAAAAUUCACCAUUUUAUAUCCAAGAUCCCUUUUAAUAGACCUUAAAAGCUGUUUUUUUAUUUAUUAUAAAAAAAUAUGACAUAAAAAUAUUAUUCAUUAGAAAUUUCUAUAAUCAAUCCUUGACAUAUAUACUUUUCAAUGAAAAAUCAGAAAAAGUAAAAAUUGCAGCUGCCACCACCUUAUCAGUCAUGAUUGAAAAUUCUGCUCUUUCCAAAGUAAAUUUCGAGGAGUGUAAUUAUAGUUAUGUUUCACUAACUCAGUGCAUGAAAUAUGCUGUAGUGAAUUUACAUGAUGCUUUAACCAGGCUAUUAGAUGAUGAACAAAACCCUGAGCUGAUAAGUGCUUUACUUACUCACUCUAUGGUUAGCGACUAAACAAUUAGAAAAAUCAACCAUUUGGCUAAAAAAAUAUGUAAUAUAAAAAUUUAGGUGAAAGCUAUAUUUAAUAUAAAUAAUAAUUUUAAUAAAUAAAAUCUCAAGCAAAUUAUAUAAAAUUUUAUACUGCGAACUUUUUAAAGUAUAAAUUUUAUAAUUAAUGUAGAUUUUUUGUUUUAAAAUAGUUCAAAUUUGAACCCCUUGGCCAAGGAGCAAGAUUUUUGUUCACUAAUCAAGAACUAAGUUAGAGUUGCAAGCGCCCUUCUUUUUGCAACGAAUUAUGCAAGCUUUGACCAAGGACUUGCAAAACCACUUAUUAAAUCAAUUAUUUGUCAUGCCAAGAGCAAAGAAAAUAACGUCAAAAUAGGGGUAAUUUCAGCCUUGACAUCAGCAUUUAAAGAAACUAAUGAAGAUUUAAGAGGAUUUCUAACGUUAGAAUUUACCCAAGGAAUUUUAAAUAGUGGCAAUUUUAUUGCUGAGAGAUUGCAAUUAGUAAGCAAAAUUGCCAGAUCAUAUCCAGAGGUUUUGAAUAAAAUGACAGAUUGGCUGAAAGACAAGCUAUCGAAAGCUAUUGCACAUGAAGAUACUAGAGUUCAGUCUUCUGCUUUUGAGGUACUGGAAGAGUAUAUCAAAGCUGACCAAAAAUGUCCCAUGAUUGACUAUUUAAUUGAAAAAGUUUUUAUCCUUAUCAGAUAUGAUGAAACAAAUAAGCUUAUUUCAGGCUUAAAUACCUUAUCAGUUUUGCCAUCAUUCAAUAUACAUUUAUAAAGUAAAUUAAAAAAAUACAAUAAUUUGUUUUGUCUAUUACAGAGAUAAUUUAUUAUGCUGUUUAUUAUUAUUAAUCAAUAAAUUAGCUUAAUUUAAAUAACUUCUAGUUGUGCCACUAGUUGCUCAGUGUGUGUAAAACGCCUUUUUCUCCAUUUUAUUGUCUACUUUAGAACUCGUGUCGGCCUCGAAGUCCACUCGUUCUUCCUAGUCCCCGUGAUCCCAUUUUUGAACCCAGAAGUGCGGGAAACACUAGCUGCUUAUCCCGCUGACUCGCUCUAUCCGACUUUCUCCAGUGCCCUAUUCGGCCUAAGCGUCUUGCCUUUAUAUCAGCAGGGUAAAAGAGGUAAAAUGUGAUACAUAAGGAGGAUGAAAUAUAAAAAUCUCCUCACCAUUUUCUCCUCUUUGCAGAAUUCCACGUGUAAAAACUUAAUCCUACAAUAAAAGUUGGUUGAGGGAAAAGGAAUUCACAGUGAAUUAACUUCAUCCAAAGCCAUUUUAUUAUUAUGUUAUUAUUAAUAAGAAUAAAAUAACUCCUCAGCAGUUCCAGCAAUUUUCUAAUUUUAUCAAAAACCUCAACAAUUCCCCAUCUCCUUUGCCAGCAUUAAGAUGCUCAGCUCUGAAGCUUAUUGGGUCCCUUGCCAAAGAUCAAGCGAUCCCAAGCGGCAGCUUCAACUUAAUCCUUGAUUUUGUUCUAUCUCUUAGACAAUCCACUAACCAAAAUGUUGUCAUAAACAGUUCCCUAGCACUUUCCUUCCUAUGCAUGAACGAAGAGUCAUUUAAAAAACUCCCUGAAAUAAUGAUAGCCCUUGAAGAAGGCAAAGACAGUAAAAAAGAAAAAAUCGUAUCCAGCUCCAUAAUUUCAGCUGGAAACCUUUUCGAAACUUUUUCUUAUAAAGAAAUCAAAACUUAUACCCCACAGCUGCUUGAAAUCUGUAUCAGUGGACUUCCGCACAAAAACGCGAAGGUAGGAUGGGAUGCUUGCAAUGCUUUAUUCAAAUUUUUUGCAAACCCAAGUAUGCCUCAUUCCCGGUUUUCUUCCCAAUUAAUUCCAAUAUUUUUGGAAACAAUCCGAAACCAUCAUAACUAUAGGACAAGAAUAAAUGCUUGUCAGCUUUUGAGAGAUUAUGAUAUAGAACUCAACUCAUAUAGCGGGACUAUCAUUUCUGGACUUAUUUCUUCUUUAGAGACUGAUAAAAAGCUGUUAUUGACUGAGUUCAAUGUAUUAAAGUAUCAAAGAUGCUUCAGGCAAGAAGUAAUAUUGUCUUUGAUAUAUAUAAGAUUAUUAAUAGAAAUUUAAACUUCAGCAAUUAAGAAGGUAUUCUAUUUUCUUAUAGGUAACAGAAUAAAAUUGAGUAGGGAAAUUUUAAAUAAUUAUAAAAUUGUAUAAUUAAUUCCUCUGCAAGCCUUACUUCUGAAUUUAUUAGUUCACUCACUGAUAACUUACUAGCUUUCCCCACUGUGUGAAUUAUUUUCUCUCUAGUUUUUUAAAAGAAUUUUAUCUUAAAAUGCAUGCUAUUUAAAAAUAAAUAGAAUUAGUAUUUGAUUUCACUGUAAUAAUUAUAAAAUACUUUAUCAAAAAAAUAUUUGCUUACUAUGAAUCUUAAAAAAUAGGAGAUUUUCAAUAGUCUCGCUGGCUCAAGCAGGGAAAUAAGCAUCUAUGAGUGGUUUUAUAGCUUUGUAGUAGAUCUCAUUAAAGACCAAAACGAGCCAAGUGCGGUACAAAAGGAGUACGGAAUUAACGCUGCAAAAGGUUGCAUACAAGUGAUCGUGGACUGGAUUCAUGAUGUGGAAGAAAUUCACAUUUCAUUCGGGUUACUGGAGGAAAUGAAUAAAUUCAUGUAUAUGAAUGAUUAUUUGGAAGAUGUGUUCACAACUGAUUCAAUCAUUAGUGAGCAAUAG